AGUAUUUUCCGUCCAUUCUAUCCAUAAAAAAUUUCUCUAAAAUAAUAAUUUCUCUCAAAAUCACGAAAAUGACCUUCGUCGACCGGAAGCACCGCCGAAGUCCGAGGGUCACUCCCUUCCUCCCUAAGGACCACGGCCGAGACUUCGUCGGCGCGUCUUUUUCUGGUGCGGUUUUCAACCUAUCCACCACCAUUGUCGGCGCCGGGAUCAUGGCCCUUCCUGCUACCCUAAAGCAAUUGGGUACAAUCCCGGGGUUGAUCGUUAUUGUGUUGGCCGGAAUACUGACGGAAAAAUCGUUAGAGAUGAUCCUCCGGUUCACUGCGGCCUCCAAGACCACGUCUUAUGCCGGCCUCGCCGGUGACACCUUCUCUGGCGUUGGUCGGAAUCUUCUGCAGAUCUGUAUUGUCAUCAAUAAUCUUGGCAUGCUUGUUGUUUACAUGAUAAUAAUUGGUGACGUUCUAUCGGAGACAUGGUCGGACGGGGUGCACCAUUUCGGUGUGAUGGAAGAAUGGUUUGGCGAACAUUGGUGGACCACUCGUUUUUCCAUACAACUCCUUAUAACACUUCUUGUUUUUACACCUCUGAUUUCACUUAAACACGUUGAUUCAUUGAGAUACACUUCAGCCUUGUCAGUGGCUUUGGCUGUUGUGUUUGUGGUUAUCACAGCAGGAAUAGCCAUCACCAAAUUAAUAAAUGGAAGCAUUGGAAUGCCUCGUUUGCUGCCUGAACUUGCUGAUCAGGCAUCUUUCUGGAAGCUUUUUACAACUGUCCCCAUACUUGUCACUGCCUAUAUUUGUCACCAUAACAAUUUAACCAGUUAGAUGCAGGCCAUGUGGAUUUUCCUAUUGUUCAUCACAUCUUCUAGUUCAAAGUGUUUCACUGUAUUUCCAACACCUCUGGACACCAAAGUAUUAUGUCAAUUAAAGGGUACACCUUAGCUAACCCAGUUCACUUUGCACUACAUAUAGGAACUGAUGCAGCGCAUUACUCGUUAGGACAGACUCCAACCAAACGUAUAGAAGGAAAUAAAUAUGUAGAAUACUGCUACAGCAUGCAUUUUAAAUUACUUAAAAGAUAUUCUAUCAUGAUU